AUGGAAACGCUGCUCUAUUGCUUGUUUAUUGUAGGUCCUCCUGAACACCUUUUUGAUCUCUUUUUUUCAGCCGAUUAUCCCGACGAUUCUUCCAUUCGCGCUCUUCGCAUGUAUUCGUCGCAAGGUGCUGCCGCCCGUCUCACGACACAAAACUCCACGAUCCGGGUUGGCCAAAUCCGCCGAAUCCUACGAGGAUCGGAUCAUACCGGAGACGGUGGUGCCGGUAAGCGGGAAAUUACGGUGUUUUUCUUGGGCAAAUUUUUUUUGGCCGCUUCUUGGGAGAUUUUUUUUGGCCGUUUUUUUGGAAAAUUUUUUUCUCAUAAAAAAGUAUUUGUAUGAUUUGAAAGUUUUCACCUUUUCAGGCCUCUCAAAACAACGUGGAAACCAACGAAACCGACGUGGAGUUCAACCUGGAAUCCUCGCUCUUCGCUGGGAACGCGUCAAGCGCGAAGAAGAGUCAAAAAACAAAAAAGAAGAAGGAUAAUGAUGAGGUUUCGCUGUGA